UUGUCGCACUUGACAUUUCGUAUUUUUGGAGAACCAAUACCGACACCAAGGGUUUUCAAGCAAUUUCCACGGUUUUUACUGGAAAUACUAAAACAGCAAAUUAAAUACUAGCUCACAAUGUCUUUCGUUAAGAACGCUCGUUUGUUGGCCACUCGUGGUGCCCGUAUGGUUCAAAGCCGCGGCUAUGCCGAUGAGAUGAAACUCACAUUUGCUGCCGCCAACAAGACCUUCUACGAUAAUGCUGAUGUGCGUCAAAUUGAUGUCCCAUCCUUCAGUGGCAGCUUUGGUAUUUUGGCUAAGCACGUACCAACUUUGGCUGUCUUGAAACCCGGAGUUGUCCAAGUCUAUGAAAAUGACGGCAAAACUACCAAAUACUUUGUUUCCAGUGGCACCAUCUCUGUUAACGAAGAUUCUUCAGUCCAAGUUUUGGCUGAAGAAGCUCAUAACAUUGCUGAUAUUGAUGUAGCAGAAGCUCGUCAAUUGUUGAGCCAGUACCAAUCAGCUCUUACCUCUGCCUCUUCGGACCAGGCUAAGGCUGAAGCUGCCAUUGCUGUUGAAUGCUGUGAAGCUCUCGUCAAAGCUGCCGAAUAAAUUUAAUUUUCUUGUGUUUUAGUAUAAAAACUAGCUCCUUGGAGCAAAACAAAAGAAGCACCAUCUUUUCAUUGAUUCCGUUGUAACUUAACAAACAAAAUCUUAUUUAAGUAUAAAAAAUGUGUGGUUUUCAAAAAACCAGCCCGUCACCACAACAAAUGUUUUCUUCCAAUUUGUUAGCCAAGAUUCAAGCUGGGUGAGAACGAGAGAGAGAGAGAGAGAUAAAUACAACUAGUGAGAGAUACACGGACAGAUUACAUACACACAAAAUGCCAGCUUUUGAACUUCUUUUGAUACAUGAAUGAAUGAAUAUCCAGAGUUGUUGAUGUUGGUUACGAUUAUGAAAUAUUCAAAUACCAAACAAUAAAAUAAUGCGAAAAAACC